AUGGAGGCUUUAGUAUUUACCAAGCGUGCGCGCAGGAAGCCGCUGGUUGUUUUGUAUGGAGUAGUGCCUGUAUCUUUCGUCGCCGUGCGUGUGGGCCGCGCCACGCUCCAGUCCGUCGCCGCCGUACGCCUUGCUGGGUCUUGUGCGCAUUUGUUGUUUGGUGAGGUGGUUGCUUCCAAUGCGGCGCUGACUGGACGUGCGCAGGUGGAGGCGUUUUUGUUUCUGCUCUCGCGCGUCUCCGUUUCUUCGCCGCAGAAUUUGGUGCGAGGGGUUCAGGCGCUUGGCCGGCUGCUAGCGAGAUGCGCGCCUGGGACGGUGGGCAGCACAACGGCCACCACCUCAUGGCUGGCGAAGCAGUCUCUUCUGAUGCAAGUAAAAACGAUUGGCCUCCACGGCAGCGCGGUCUCUGCCCUCGCCUCCACCGCCGUUCAGCUGGGGCUGCAGGGCUGCUUCCUCGUGCAGCGGUCUAUCACGGACCGUGAGAUCGCAGCGCAACAGUUUUACUACGACGUCGUGACGGCCCUCCAGUCGGGGGCUGCCUCGGUUGCGGGUGGCAGCUGCGGCGCCGUCCUUGGCGCGCUGCUCCUCCCCGGCCUGGGGACGGCGCUGGGCGCCUUCAUUGGCUCCUGCGGCUGCGGUUUUUUGCCGUACUUUUUGCGCCGCGAUGGGCCUGAGGAGCGGCGGGAGCGGGAGCGGCAAGCUGCGGCGGAGUGCCGCGACCUCGGCAGGCCGCUCGACGUCGUUGAGGACGAGGAGGUCGGCUGGCUGCUGCUCGUAGAGUGCGAGGGAAAUUUGCCCGCGGCGUCCUUUGGCUGCAUGGUCGGCGACGACGCCGAGUGGCUGACGGAACUCCCCUCCGCCGCCGACGACGACGACGACGGGGCGCGGGGCGGGCGGCAGGUGCCUGGCACCGUGACAUGCGGCGGCGGCGGCGAGUUUGAGGACUUUCUGGACUUCGGUGCACCGGAAGAACUGCAGGCCACGUAG